CCAAAAAAAAAAAAAAAACCAACCACCGUCACCAUGGAAACGCACAGGGACGAACAGCUAACUCAGACGUACAGUUUCCCUGAUCAGUAACACAUCUGGACGCAGCUGUUUGAUUUGGUUAGCUUUAUCAACCUGCUUAACAUCGGCACUGUACAUUCCGUAGCAUUAUUGUGGUUGGUCCUACGGUUCUAGUUCAAUACCAAAUUGACUAUCUAUGGUGAAAAGCUACAGCUACACGGUACAUUUGUAUCAUGGUCGUUUCUGUUGAGGAGGUGUCUUCGUCCCUUGUGCGGGAGUAUCUGAGUCGAAAGGGUCUCAAGAAGACCAUUGCAUGUAUGGAUGAGGAGCAUCCACGUACAGAGGCCAGUAUCAACAACAGAUCACACCUGAGGCAGAUUCUUAACAUAGAGGCUCUUUAUAAAAAGAACAAGGUUCAGAACUCCCCCCUGAAAACACUGCUGGAGAUUAUUGUAAAACAUCACAUUGAUGGCCUUAAGAAUGACAAGAAGAAAAGCAGCGAUGCCUCUGCCACUUUGUCGUCCCCGGCUGAGAUGAAUGACACACAGAACAGUACAAUCAUCACACCUAUUACAUUAAGGUCACAUGUAGAAAAAUCCUGCCCUUCUCAACCUACAUUAUUAUUACUUAAAACAGAGAGGAUUUCGACCCACAAUCAAAAUCCAAUGGCUUCUCCCCAGGAUAAUGAGAGCUCAAGAACUCCAGUCACUGAUGGCAUCCAAAAAAGCAGAAGUAGUCGUAUUAGACGUGGCAUGAUGCCUGGACCAAUAGCUAGUACACCUGAGGAAUUGAACAAAAAAAGGCAAAUGCGAAGGGCAGAAAUGCCUCAGCCACUUCUGAGACGAGAAGAGGAAAACAUUCCCUCCAGGAAUGGUUUUUUAGUCACUAGUGGACAUCAGAACAGCUCAGAGAACUCAGCUGACUGCAUGGGAGGGAGGUGGGAGGUGCAGAGUGCAGCAGAGAAGAUGCAAAUGGAAAACAGCUCCGAAGAAGUGGGACGACUUCACAUACUGCAGACCAGAAAGGUGCAGUCACCGUCCAGGUCAAAUGUUGCUAAUCUGAAUCUGUCUGAGCUGGUUUUAGAUGACAUUGAUGAUAGUGAUGAGCUGCAGGACAGGCCAACAGUGUCCUUAAAGAGAGCCGUGGUGGAGCAGAGCCGUCCAGCCUGCCCCAUGGACCAACGCACGGCAUCGGAAUUAAAAGCGGUUCUUCUUGGUUCCAGCUUAAAUUGUUUCAGUGUUGAGUGGAGGAAUCAGGGCUUCACAUUCUCAGAAACACAUGAUCUAAGAUAUGGGAUUGUGCAGAAAAAGGGUGGUCCUUGUGGAGUGCUGGCAUCAGUCCAGGCUUUUGUCCUAAAGAAACUGCUGUUCGAAACCAUGGAUAGUAAUUCAGGCCUACAAAGAUUAAGACCUUCCAACACCACCAGAAGAAAUUGUCUUGUUUUAGCGGUUGCAGAAAUCCUGUGGAGGGCAGGGGAGGAAAAGCAGGCAAUGAUCGCAAUAAGUUCGGGGAGAAAACAUUUCAUCCCAACUGGACAGUACAAAUCUGAAGGAGUGCUUGAAAAGAUCACCCUUUUCACUGUGGAUAAUUUCAAGGACCUACAGCUUCUUCUGGAGCAACAUAUUGAGCAGUUUGAGUCUGGACUGCUGGGAUGCUUACUCAUGGUCAUAUCUGCUGUUCUCUCCCGAUCAAUUGAAAAGGUAAAAGAGGACAUGGAUGUGCCUACCACCACACUCAUUGGAGCUCAUGGAUACUGCACCCAGGAGCUGGUCAACCUCUUGCUCUGUGGCCAGGCAGUUUCUAACGUCUUUGACAAUGACAUGGAGUUGGACUCAGGCAACGGCAACAUGACUCUGUUAAAAGGAAUGAAAGGGCGCUGUGACGUCGGCCUCCUAUCUCUGUUCGAACAUUAUAACAUCGUCAAGGUAGGGACGUACCUGAAGACACCCUGUUGGCCCAUCUGGGUGGUGUGCAGUGAGAGUCACUUCAGUGUGCUGUUUGGCCUGCAGAGGGAGCUGUUGACCAAUCAGGACAAAGGUCUGGAGUUUGACCUCUAUUAUUAUGAUGGACUGGCCAAUCAGCAGGAGGAGAUCCGCCUCACCGUGUCUCUUGGCAGAUCAGGGUUGAGCUGUCAAAAUAAUGACCCUGACCUCAUCCCUCCCUUGGAACACUGUAUCCACACUAGAUGGAAAGAUGCCUUCGUCCACUGGAAUGACACUGAGCCUAUUCUCUAACUGGGUUCACAGUUCCAUCGUAUUUGAAAUAUGGCAACGACAAUCAUCCAGCAAAUGUUUUCAUCAUUUUACCAUAUUCAUGCUGCCUUCUCUUUUAUCCUCCUCCAUAAGACAGUGUUGGAAAAGUUCAUUAAAUUACAAAUUCACAUUACAUUCUUGUGUUACAUUUUGGUUUGGUAAAUAUGGAAUACAGUAACCUCUUAAAUAUAAUGUAUGAUCA